CGGCGGAGCGAUGAGCGGGUCGAACCCGAGGGCCGGGGCUGCGGGGUCUGCAUCCGGACCUGGGGGGCUGGUGGCUAGCAAGGAGGAGAAGAAGAAGGCGGGCGGCGGCGUUCUGAACCGGCUCAAGGCGCGGCGGCAGGCGCCCCACCACGCGGCCGAUGACGGCAUCGGGGCAGUGGUCACGGAGCAAGAGCUGCUGGCGCUGGACACCAUCCGGCCCGAGCACGUCCUGCGCCUCAGUCGGGUCACGGAGAAUUAUUUAUGUAAACCUGAAGACAACAUCUACAGUAUUGACUUCACCCGCUUCAAAAUUCGAGAUCUGGAAACAGGGACAGUGCUUUUUGAGAUUGCCAAACCUUGUGUUUCAGACCAGGAGGAGGAGGAAGAGGAGGAAGGUGGAGAUGUGGAUAUCAGUGCAGGGCGUUUCGUCCGCUAUCAGUUCACACCAGCAUUUCUCCGUCUCCGCACAGUCGGGGCUACGGUGGAGUUCACAGUGGGAGACAAACCUGUGUCAAACUUCCGGAUGAUUGAACGGCACUAUUUCCGGGAACGCUUGCUGAAAAACUUUGACUUUGGUUUCGGCUUCUGCAUCCCCAACAGUAGGAACACUUGUGAACAUAUCUAUGAAUUUCCCCAGCUUUCUGAGGAUGUCAUUCGUCUGAUGAUUGAAAAUCCUUAUGAGACCCGCUCUGACAGCUUCUACUUUGUUGACAACAAGCUGAUAAUGCACAACAAGGCUGAUUAUGCCUAUAAUGGAGGCCAGUAACUGCUGCAAGAGUGGACAGGGGAGGUGCUUUGCUGUGACCACAUAGUCCUGGCACACGGAGGUGAUUGAAGCUGCUGUUUGUCAACACAUACCUGGAAUCUGGCCCCAGGAAGCCAGGGCUGGGGUGGAAGUGUCCUGUGCUCCAAGGGAGGUACCAAACAGUGCUGUGUUUUCUUCCCUGGUAUUUUUUCUUCCCUUUCUCCCCCUGCCCCUUAGGUCGCAGAAGUACUAUAGUAAAGUAAAAGAUUAGGAUAGGGUUUUUGGAAUCCAGAUAAAAAGAAAAGUUAUUUUCAUGUAGUUCUAGCUGUCUACUGGUUGUCCUGACAAGCUUCGAUCUCUUCGGGCAUAGCUGUGCCAGGUGAGAAGGCUCUGGCCAGGCCCAUGUGCAGGUUAGUAGCUCUCCUUGAGGUUCCUGGGUGCUGUGAGAACUUUAAAGGUAGGCCUCUUCCAGGCAAUUCCUCCUCUCACUUCUGGUGUUGCCAUCAGCACAGUCUGUCCUCAGCCUAUGCUUAGUCUUAAACCAACUGGAAGAAAUUUGAAGUGGUGGAGGUCAGGGGUGGUACCUAGAGUGGAGUUACCAGGGAUGGGGGAUGCUGUCAAACUGAAAGAUCCAUUUUGUGGAGAGGACUGCUGAUCUGUCUGACUUCCAGGAUCCUCAGCGAGUCCUCCUGAGCAUGGACUGAGGUUUCAGCCUGGCAGUGCCUUUUUGUGCUCAUUUUGGAGGACAGAUGAGCUUGCUCUGCUUCUCCUGGCUCCUAACUUUGAGUAUCUCCUGAGAUAGAAUGUGUCGGUUUUGCUCAUGGAACAGUAGUAUCUCUUGAGGUCAGAGCAGGCCUUGUCAUAUUUUGUUUAUUUCCGGACUUCUUUUUGUGAGGUUUUAUAAAAUGUCAGCAGUGUUCCCAGCAUAUGUGAUGUGUGGUUAGACUACUGAUAAUAUUCAUCAGGCUCCCAGGGCUAAUCUGACUCAUGCUAGGGAAGGUAUAGUUACAAACUAGCAGCUUCUUUAAAGGAAAGAUCUGAUUUUCUCUACAUAGCAGCCUGGCUUUUGAUGAGGAUCUGCCUC